AGGCUGUCAUCGUUUCCUUCCGAUAAGUCGCAGCAUUUGUCUGCUCACUACACCUUCGCGCAUUCUGGACGGAUGGCGUAGCUAGGCGUAUCCGUCCUGCUCGCAUGCGUGACCUGCCUUUCAGGUGCAACAGCUGAACGCGCAGGGGCCUGUCGGUGCCCCCAGGCAGAAACUGCAUCCAGUCGAUUCGCCCCAGCCUCGGCCGAUCCCUGCUGUUUUCGGGGGAGGUGGCCUCAUUGCGAGGGAUCGGCUCAGGUAGCAGCAGACAGUAAAGGAGCAGCACAAGGCUGGGGAGAUGAGACGCUUGGGCGUGGACGAAUACGGGGUCGAGGACAGGUACAAGUUGUCAGACUCUGAUGCUUCUUGCUACCUUCCGUAGGGCCGUAUUGUGAAGAGGCUCAUGACGAUUGAAUACCUCGGCGAUCAGAACAGCUGAGAUGCAGAGGCACACGGUUUUGAUGUGAAGACGUUUGCGAAGUUUGAUGGAUCAUUUUCCGCUCGCUCCUGGGAAACAAAAGUGAACAGCCUCGGCUAUGGAACGCACUUCCACCAGAAGUUUUUGGUGUUACCGCCGUCAAGAACUAUGCGUUCUACACACCCAGAAUGUACACGCCACACUUCGCCACAGGAGCCAAGGGGUAGGCAGUCUACAAAGGCUGCUGCAAGGGAAUAUCCGGAUUGCCUAGGGAUGUGGUGCACUGAAGCCUCGCGGAAGGCUGGGAUACAGGAGCCUUUCCGUCACAUCUUCUGCACGCCGCAUGGACUCAAAGAUGAGCCGAGCUGGGCUGCAAACGAGUCGUACCAGUGCAGCGUGAGCCACUAUGGCACAACGGACAAACAUGGAAGGGAGCGGAAGCAGUUUGCGGCGCCGUCGCUUGACUUGUUUGGUACAUUUCUGAACAAACGCAAGAUCCAAUCCGAAGGUGGGAAGAAUGAGCUCAAGCUCCAUGGUGGUGGUUCCGACUAUGGCGAGACGCUUGUCAUGAUGAUGACUGCAAUCGCCCUGAAGAAGGCUUUCAUCUAGGGCGGCUCAGGUAACUGAUGCCUGGCCGCGCUCGCAUCACAAUAUUCCUUCCUUUCUAGUCUCGAGCCCAGUUUGCAUGCUCACAGUUGAGUUGCAUUGCUUAAAUAGCCAACGAGAUCAGCGGUUCUUCUAGGACUGCUGCUUGCGGGUGUGUGUGUGUUCGUUGAGCAGA